AGUGGUCAUAAAAAAUGAGGACUAAAACCUGAACCCUGAAAAUUGCACUUCCAUGGCCAUUUGUACCAAUAUACCCGGGAGUUACAAUUGCUCCUGUCCACCUGGUUUUCAAGGAGACGCAUACUAUAAUGGGUCGUCAUCAGGCUGCCUCCCCAUUAAGAAGUCUAAUAUGAUACAGGUCACCAUAGGUUCUGUCCUAGGCAGUUUGGGACACUCAUUUAUACUCUUUGGCUCUACAUGGUUGCAUAAAGUAUUGAAGAAAAGAAGGAAGAACAAACUUAAACAAAUGUUCUUCCAACGGAAUGGUGGUUUCUUACUACAACAAAUUUCUUCAGAAAAUGAGAAUAUCGAGAAAACAAAAAUUUUCAGUGAAGAAGAAUUACAAAAGGCUACUGCCAACUAUAAUGAGAACCGAAUUCUCGGUCAAGGAGGGAAAGGUACUGUCUAUAAAGGUAUGUUAUCAGAUGGAAAAAUUGUAGCAAUUAAGAAAUCCAAAGGGAUUCAUGAUGAAGGCCUAAUUGAGCAGUUCGUUAAUGAGGUCGUUCUUCUUUCACAAAUUAACCACAGAAAUGUUGUUAAAUUGUUUGGAUGUUAUUGGGAGACUGAAGUUCCUCUACUAGUUUAUGAGUUCAUCCCCAAUAGAACUCUUUGUAGUCACAUCCAUGAUAACAGCGGCAAGUUCCCCUUUACGUGGGAUAGUCGCUUGAGAAUUGCUACAGAAGUCGCGGAAGCACUAGCAUACUUGCACUCAGCAGCUUCUAUACCUAUUUAUCAUAGAGAUAUCAAGUCUACCAACAUACUCUUAGAUGAUAGAUAUAGAGCCAAAGUGUCAGACUCUGGGAUUUCAAGGUCGGUGCCAAUUGAUAAAACUCACUUGACUAACUUGGUUCAAGGGACAUUUGGGUAUUUAGACCCGGAGUACUUCCAAUCAAGCCAGUUCACAGAUAAAAGUGAUGUUUAUAGCUUUGGAGUGGUGCUUGUGGAGCUAUUGACGGGGGAAAAUCCUAUUUCUUCAACUAGAUCACAAGAGGAGAGAAGUCUUGUUUCUUAUUUUAUUUGUUCAGUGGAGAAGAAUAGGCUCUUUGAUAUCCUUGAUGCCCAAGUUGUAAAAGAGGGUAUAAAAGAGGGCCUUGAGGCAGUUGCUGUACUUGCAAAAAGAUGCCUGAACAUGAAUGGCAGGAAAAGACCCACAAUGAAAGUUGCAACAAAGCUUGAGAGAUUGAGAGCUUCUCAAUCAGAGAAUUUAUAUGUCAAAGAAUAUAAACAAGAUGAGGACUACAUUAAAACUGAGCCAAUAGGCCUAUAGGAUACUAGUACUUCAGUUUCAACUACGGCUUAUUGGACCAUGGAGACUAGCGCUACAAUUCCAUUAGAUGGCCAGCCAUUACUACUUAAUCGAUCAUCUCAGUCUUUGACUCAUUGACAAGAAAAGGUAUUGGUGCAGUUUUUAGUUAUAGUUGUGUUUUGUUUGUUAGCCGACCCUAUUUAGUUAAGGCUGAGAUUGUUGUUGUAUUUUGUUUAUCUCCCAAUUUUGUGCUAUCUGAUCUUUGGCUAUAGAAAUAUUUCACAUAACUAAAUCAUAUUGCUUUUUCAAUGUUCUUCUUCCCAUAAUCUCUCUUAUAAUAUUAAAUCCAGAUGGGUGACUUAAAAAUCUGCCAAUUCUAAGUAGAUAAACAAGUUAGAUAA